UGAGUGGUCUUGCUAUGUGUAAAAGAAAUACAGUACUAUUUCUUUGCAAUAAUCGUGUGUGUUGCAAAUUUUAUUGUGUAUCGGGAUUGUUAGAAGAGAAAACUAUUGUAGAUAGACACAAACAUAGAUUUGUAAAACUAGUGAAAAAAAAAAAGAUCAAAUUAUCCACGAUUUUCAUGACCAUUUGAGAGUUUUAAUGACAAAUUUCUAUGUAAAAGAGACGCGCCAACGUUGCGCCAGAUGGCGCGAGUGGAGUUGGAACACGUUUCAAAAUGUAGAUACAGUACACACACAUGUAUAAAUUGUAUUUCCUGCAAUUUUGCUACGCCGAAAAUAAGUGCUGAUGAAAAAAACAAAGAAGUUAAGGGAUGUUAAAUUUAAUUAGUAUUUAAAUAAGUAACCGCGUUCGAUUGACCGUUGACGUGUGCAAGAAAAAAACAAUGGAUGCUGAUAAGGUAGGGGUGAGAAAGUCGCAGGAAUAGGCGGUAGUGAACACAUACGGUCUUGUUCAGUCCAAGGUUUUCGUCCGAGCGGCGCACACACGUUGGACGCAGCAGCAUCCCGCGUUUGCUACUCUUGAACGCCACAGCGCGGGGAUUCUUCUUUCGCCGCCGCGUGAUAAGAAGCACAAGUAGUACAAGUCGCAUUUAUUCCCACUUCGAGGAAACAAGAGAGUCCCGAGAAAGUUCGCGCGCGCGUGUGUGUGUGAAGCAAACUCGGAAAGCAAAACAAAUAGUAAUCUGAAGAAAAGAGCCUUCGCGCGCGCGUAUCUUGGUGCUAACUCGGAGACUGACGAAGCAGCGAACUGCUGCGUGAAGAACCGAGAAACUGAAGGAUCUCUUCGAUUCUGAGAUUGACGCGCGCAAGGGUGUUCGUGCGAGACAACAGAUCCAUCCGGAAGAUGAGCGGCUUGGCGGUUUGUUUGAUACUCCUCUCCAUGGCAGGUAUUGCAGUUUGUCGCGCGAAGGAGAAAUCUGAUUUUUUCACGCGCCCCAACUGCACGAUCCAGGCGCCGGAACGUGGAUAUGUGCUGCAACAGCGUAUUCUUGCGAACGGCACUCUGCAAAUUAUAUACACGUGCAACGAGGGCUACGACACGUGGGAUCGCGUGGUUGCGACUUGCACCCCCGACGGCUGGAACAUUCCCGUACCGAAAUGCGUUCGUUACCGUAUGGUAAGACUGUACGACGCGCCGAUCUUCAACCAUAUACAACCCGUGAAGGUGUUGGAGGAUCAGGACGUGGAAGAGCUAAAGAAGCAACUCCCGUGGAAUCAUGACGCGCCGCGUUAUUCGAGAGAUACUCUUAAAACGCUCAAGGGAAGGACGGACGUGUCGAAAAAGCGCCGGAAAGGUCCGGACGAGGGCAGGAAGAAGAGGAAGAAGGAGAAAUCCUUGUCUAAAUUAUCCGCGGCGAGAAGAUUAAACGAGACCGCGUUGUCUCAAUUGGACGUCAGUUGCUUCUCGAAGAUCUUCGGAAAACCGAUCGUUAGCGCUCCCUUCAUCGAACACGCCGUUCCCGUCAAAUACGCCAGAAGGAAGAACGUAUUGCCGCCCUACAAUCGAUAUCUCGUUGCGGUGUACGAGUGCGCGGACGGUUACGUUUUCCAGGAUUCGACGACGGACAGGCUGUUUUGCAGCAAAAGCGCCUGGCUCGGACGUCGUCCCAAAUGCGUAAAGAACGGUAGCAAACAACCAUCGAUCAAUCAAGUGAAACGUUGCGCUCAGGCCAGAGGUGAAUGCGAACACGUGUGCGAGGAUACACCAAUCGGUAUAAAGUGUUCCUGCUUCGAUGGAUUUCGAACUGAGGGAUCUUCCUGUAUAGACGUCGACGAGUGCGCGGAAGGCACAGCGAGAUGCAGCCAUAUCUGUCGCAACGAAGCCGGUUCUUACUCCUGCGAUUGUCAACCCGGUUUUCACGUGGGAACCGAUGGUCGCAGUUGCCACGAUGUGAACGAGUGCCUCUCGAACAACGGGCACGGACCUUGCCAAGGUACUUGCCACAAUCUCGAGGGUAGUUACGAGUGCAGUUGCGCGAAUAUUCCUGGAUACAAAUUAGCCGCCGACAAUCACACUUGCGAGGACAUCGACGAGUGCGCGUUGAAUAACGCGAAUUGUUCUCAUCUCUGCUUGAACACACCUGGAAGCGCCUUCUGUCUCUGUCCGGACGGCUUUUAUUUGACAGACGACUGGAAGACUUGUCAAGAUGUUAAUGAGUGCGAAACGACGUCCGAGAUUUGCGCGGCGAACGCCGAGUGCUUAAACACGGUGGGUUCGUACAAGUGCGUAAGUAAGACACACUCGCAUAAGGUAACAAAAAUCCUUCGCGAAGAGGACUACGACAGCGAAGACGACGACGACGACGACGACGACGACGACAGGGAACAAAUUACCGAAAAUCCGGGGUGCGAGGACGGUUUCAAGAGGAACGAAAAUUUCGAGUGCGUCGAUAUAAACGAGUGCGUGGAACUGGAAUCGCACGGUUGCCAGCACGAGUGUGCGAACGAACCCGGCGGCUAUCAUUGCUCUUGUCGCGUCGGUUACGAGCUCGAGGAGAACGGAAGGACGUGCAGGGACGUGGACGAGUGUAACAAAUCGUCCCGGCCUUGUUCUCAUAUCUGUCGCAACCUCGUCGGCGCUUACGUGUGCGAGUGUCCGAUUGGAUUUUCUUUGACCGACGACAACGCGACCUGCGUUGUCGAGGAGCCGAGAACAAAUUGCGACUCUCUCACGGUCCCGUGUUCUCACGUAUGCGAGGACACCGAUAACGGGCCCCGAUGCGUCUGCCCGAUCGGUUACGAAUUGUCGGACGAUCGGGCGACUUGCCUGGACGUCGACGAAUGCGCCCGGGGAGAAGCUCCUUGCUCGCACAGUUGCGUCAAUUUGAACGGCGCCGGUUUCGUAUGCGCCUGUCCCGACGGCAUGGAGAUCAUCGGACACGCGAGCAGAUUUAAUUGCACCGACGUGAACGAGUGCGACAGAGGCUUGCACGGUUGUCAGCACCAAUGCGCGAAUUCGCACGGCAGUUACGUGUGUAACUGUCACCCGGGAUUUGUCCUGAACGUCGACGGCAGAUCCUGCGCCGACGUGGACGAGUGCGCGGAAAAUCAACACGACUGCUCGCACGUGUGCGAAAAUCAUCCCGGGGGAUACAGCUGCGGCUGUCCGAAGGGAUAUCGCGUCGACCAGGAUGCGCGCACUUGCGUAGACGUGGACGAGUGCGCGGAGAACGCUGACGAAUGUUCGCACGAAUGCGACAACGAGCCGGGCGCUUACAAAUGCGUGUGUCCCGCGGGAUACGAGAUCGGCCGGGACGGGAGAACGUGCGAAGACGUGGACGAGUGCGCGCUUGGCACGCAUCGGUGUUCCCACGAUUGCGCGAAUCUGGCGGGAUCGUACGGUUGCGAGUGUCCGGACGACAUGUUUCUGGACGAUACCGAGACGAAUUGCGUUCUUGCGAACGUGUGCGAGAACGCGAAUUGCAGCCAGGUCUGCGAAAAGGAUGGGAACACAUUCAGAUGCGUCUGUCGAGAAGGUUACGUUCUGCAAGAGGACGAGAUAUCUUGUCGGGACGUCGACGAGUGUCUCGAAGACGAGCACGAUUGUUCGCACGAGUGCGUCAACACGCCAGGAAGUUACAAGUGCGCUUGUCCCCUAGAUAUGAGACUUCUCGAGGACGAUCUCACCUGCGAGAAUCUGAUGUGUCCGCCAGGACUUCGACGGGACGACAACGGACAUUGUGGUCUGGAUAUCGACGAAUGCCUCGAGGCCUCGCACGAGUGCUCGCACUUGUGUUUCAACGUACCCGCGUCUUAUCGUUGCUCGUGUCCCGAAGGAUACGAGUUGCAGGAUGACGAAAGAACGUGUCGGGAUGUGGACGAAUGCGCGAGAGAUCUUCACGAUUGUUCGCAUAAGUGCGUGAAUCGAGAUGGCGGUUUUGAUUGUCAAUGUCCGGAACAUCUGGCGAUCGACAGGGACAACAACAAGACCUGCACCGAUGUGCGGGACGUGUGCGCGCGGGCGCACAACUGCAGUCACACCUGCGUGAAUAUCUUGAACGGUUACAGAUGCGAGUGUCCCGACGAAUUCGAACUGUCGUUCGACGGCGCAACUUGCGUGAGAAUCGAUCCUUGCGACGAUCGUCACGGUUGCUCGCACGAAUGCGUGAGCGAAUCGAACGGUCAAUUUCGCUGCCAAUGUCCUCGGGGAUACGUUCUGUCGAUGGACAACAGAACCUGCGAGGAUGUGAACGAAUGCGAACUCGACAAUCCUUGCUCUCACAACUGUUCGAACCGAAUUGGCAGCUUCGAGUGCGUCUGUCCGGCUGGAUAUCGAAUCGCCGAGGACGGGAGAAUCUGCGAGGACAUCAACGAGUGUAUGCGGGACAACGGCGGAUGUUCGCAUCUCUGCGCGAACACGGAAGGUGGGGUCGAGUGCGCGUGUUCGGAGAAUUACGAGCUGAGGAACGACGGCAAGACGUGCGUCGAGACAAAUCCGUGUUCCGUCGACAACGGAGGAUGUUCGCACUUCUGUCGAAACGAGAACGGCCAGGCGUUCUGUUCCUGUCCCCCCGAAAUGAUUCUGUCCGCGGACGAACUGGUUUGCGAUUACGAGAACGAAUGUCUGACGAACAACGGCGGCUGUUCCCAUCUGUGCUAUCACGAGAACGGGAACGCGACCUGCGCCUGUCCCGACGGUAUGAUCCCGUCGGAAGAUCCGAAGAUUUGCGCGCCAGAAGACAGGUGUGCGAUCGACAACGGCGGUUGCUCGGACAUCUGCGUGUCCUCUUCGGAAGGUUUGGUCACCUGCGAGUGUCUCGACGGUUAUCGUCUGUCCGCGCUGGACAACGCGACCUGCCUGGACGUCGACGAGUGUCUGGAGCUGCGGGACAAUUGCACUCAUCGGUGUCUGAAUAUUCCCGGCGGUUUCGACUGCACCUGCAACGUCGGUUUCAUUCGGAAUCCGCUGGAUCCGGUUCUCUGCGACGACGUUGACGAGUGCGCGACCGAGAACGCGGGAUGUUCGCACUCGUGCGUGAAUCUGGUCGGCGCCUAUCGCUGCGCCUGUCCGUCGGGACACGUUCUGGAAUUGGACAACAGAACCUGCGUUCUGGUGGACGGUUGCAAGCGCGACAACGGCAACUGUUCUCAUCACUGUCAUCGGGAAGAGAACGGAGUUCCCGGCACACGCUGCUCCUGUCCGCUCGGUUACCGAUUGAAGCGCGAUCGGAGAACCUGCGAGGACAUAGACGAGUGCGAGGAACUCGAGAACGACGUCCAAUCCGGUUGUUCUCACACGUGCGUGAACACCGAGGGCGGUUAUCACUGCGAGUGCCCGACCGGUUACAUCCUGAUGCCCGACGACAAGAAAACCUGCGUGGACGUGGACGAGUGUCUGACCAGUCGCCACAACUGCACCCACGAAUGCGUGAACCUGCUCGGCAGUUACGUGUGCACCUGCUACAAAGGUCACUAUCUUCACUCCGACGAGUUCACCUGCUUGGACAUAGACGAGUGUCGGGAGAAUAACGGCGAGUGUUCGCACAACUGCACCAACACCAUCGGCGGCCAUUUCUGUUCCUGUCCGUUGGGUUACGAACUGUCGCGGGACGAGAAAACCUGCGUCGACCGGGACGAGUGCGCGAUCGAAAACGGAGACUGUUCCGAUCUGUGCGUGAAUCUCGUGGGCGCUUACGAGUGCCGAUGUCUCGACGGAUAUCGUCUCGGAAACGAUUCGAGGACCUGCGUCGACGUUGACGAGUGCGAGAGCAACAACGGCAACUGCUCCCACGUGUGCGCUAACACCGCGGGAUCCUUUCGCUGCGAGUGCCCGUCGGAUCACGAACUGCGGAACGGUUCCUGCCGACUGUCCGAUCCUUGUCGCGAGCGCAACGGCGGUUGCGAGCAGAUCUGCGCCGCGUUGAACGGCACCGCGUUGUGUUCGUGCGAGAAGGGCUAUCGCAAGGACGAGACCGACGGGGGGGGGUUCAAGUGUCGCGACAUUGACGAGUGCACCGAGGAACGGCACGGUUGCGAUCACAUCUGCGUCAACAAUCCCGGCUCGUACGAGUGCAGAUGCGCGAAGGGAUACCGAUUGGCGAACUCCACCACUUGCGUCGACAUCGACGAAUGCGCGGCCGGUAUCUGUAAGGGCAACAAAUGCACCAACGUGCCGGGCGGUUAUCGUUGCGAGUGCGAGGCCGGAUAUCGAUUCCAGGGCGAUGCCUGUGUAGACAUCGACGAGUGUGUCGAGAAGGCGCCCUGCAGCGAGACAUGCGUCAAUACGCUCGGUUCAUAUUACUGUACAUGCCCUACCGGAUUUCGACGACACGGAGAUGAAUGCGCAGACGUCGACGAAUGCGAGGUGUACAACGGCGGUUGCGAUCAGACGUGCAUCAAUACCGUGGGAUCCUAUUUCUGCCGCUGCCACGCGGGAUACGCGAUGAUUUCGAGGACGCACUGUCAAGACGUGAACGAAUGUCUAGACCGGAACGGAGGUUGCGGCGGCGAGUGCAUCAACACCGUCGGAAGUUACUACUGCGCUUGUAGCGAGGGCUUAAUGCUGGGACCCGACGAGAGUACUUGCGUCUCGCUAACGUCGGGUUGUCGCGCAAUGGAGCCGCCCUUACACGGAGAGAUCAGAUGUCCGGGUCACCCUUCCGGAGCGUCCUGGUACCCGGCCGGUGCCAAGUGCCAUAUCCGAUGUCGCGGCGAAUUCCGACUGGAAGGAGCGCAUGCGAGACAUUGCGUUACCGGCGGCCAAUGGGACGGGGAAGAGCCUAUCUGUCUGCGUGAAGUUGCGACGGACUCUCCUUACAAUUCAAACACACCGCGACCGUUCGUGAGCUGCCCCCAAGACAUGGACGUCGAACUGCCGUCCAGACGUAACACGAUACGCGUAACUUUCCCACAACCCAAGUCCAACAUGAAUUGGUGGAGAUACGUACACGCCUCACCCCCGUGGGCGAAGCAAUUGCAAGCGGAUCUGCCGGCGGGUACGACGAUCGUUACCUUCACAGCAUGGUCGCCGGUCUCUAAUUACACCAGCACCUGUAGGAUCGUGAUAAGAGUUCGCGACACCGAGAAUCCCAAAGUCACAAUGUGCCCCACGUCCUUCGAAGUCAGACUUAGUCCAGGCGAACGGAACCGUUUGAUAUUCUGGCAGGAACCGACAUUUACCGAUAACGUCGGCGUGGAGCACGUUUACAAGACGAGGGGUCCCGGACACGUGAUGUAUCCCGGCAUUCACAACGUGCGCUACAUCGCCUCGGACGCAGCCGGAAAUCGAGCCGAAUGCCAUUUCUCGAUACACGUGAGAGAAUCCCAGGACGUUCGCGACUCCGAGCCGAGAUUUUACAGAAGAAGAAUGCUGAUGUGUCCCGGCAGACCGGCGCAGCCCGUGUCGAGCUCCUCUUACGGAUGGCAAAUACCGAGCGGUUGUUAUUUGCGAUACACCAGAAUCUUCUCGGGGGCUUAUCAGCGACACGCGGAACAACAUCGGCAGAACAACGGCGACCGUCAAGACGACGCCGUAGCUUCUUAUCGGGAACUUCUCCAGCAGCGAACUCGGGACGGUUCCGACGCCGACGGGACGUAUCCUGACAUCGACGAUUAUCGACACCCGGGGCGACAACGGUAUCACCCCCGCCAGCAGGAGCAGCGGCAGCUGUUGCAGCAGCGGCAAUAUCGGCAGCGCUCUAUGAAGACCGAUCACGUAGUUUCCCCACCGACUCAUUACGGCACGGCCCGCAUCGAGACUAGAAUAUUGCCGCGGCGUAAAUGUUGCACGUAAGGAAAAGCCCCACGCGCGCGUGUUGUGCUCCGAGAGGGCGGGAGAGAGCCCGCCCUCUCGUAAGCGACGUGUAAUAAGCGGCGCGCGUAUAAUACUAAACUCGGGGAAAAGCGCUGUCGCGUAUAAAUCGCGCGGCACCUGAGGCGCGCACAUCUUCUCUUUCUCUCGUCUUUCAAGCCUCCCUUCCCGGGAGGGCUGACUCGUGCCUUAAAUAUCGCAGUAGCGAUAUUUUUUUUUUGUCUUUUCUGUAUAAUCGACCUGUCAGUUAUAUUCAAUAAAAAAAAAAAAAAAAAAAACAAACCUUCGUACACUGUGUGUGUCAAUAAUUUUUUUAAGGAUGCAGGAUGUGGCGGGACGCAUUGAGAAGAGGAGAAUCGCGAGGCGAACCGACGCGACCGUCGAUCACACGUUGGUUUUUUUCGAACAAUAUGAAAUUUUUUUUUUGACACACAAUUUUAAUUACCGCCGAGACAGACGAUCGCGAUCGGUUCGCACCGGCGCUCCGCUCGGCGAUACUGCCGUUUCUUUUUUUUCUUUUUUUUUUUUGUGUAAUAUA